UCCAUAAAUAAGGACCCCACAUAUUCUCAUAAAAAAACAUUUCCUUUACAAAUAAUAAAUGUUUAACCAAAUAAUUGAAAAAAGUAGCUCGCGAGAAAGAGGAGGAACAAAGAAGAAGAAGAAAAACAAGAAAGUGAACGAAGGGAGCAAAUUAAGGCAUUCGCUACUUCACCAAAUCCCUAAACCCCACAAAUCUUUCAGAAAGAAAGAAAAAAUUUGAAGGAAAAAGAGAUGAGAGCUUUACAAGAAUCUAGGAUCUCUAUUGUUUUGUUGCUUCUUUGCUUCUCCAUCUUCAUCACUUUCAGUCUCCACGCAAAUGAGCUAUCACCAUCUAAAGAAGGAGAGAUGAAGAUGAUGCCAUUAAUGGAGGAGAAGUUUAUGGUGAUGAAUGAAACAAGAAGGAAGCUUGGGAGUUUCCAGAUAUACCCUUUGGUUAUUGCUCCUUCACUCCCAAAACCUGCAAUUGCUUUGGCUGCCAUAUCUGAGAUCUUUGAUUGGCAGAGAAAGGAAAAUCUCAGGAUCUUCAUUCAACUGAAAGUGUGAAAGGGAAGGAUAAAAAAAAUAUCUGUUCUUGGUUUGGUUCAUAUUUUUAUUUUUUGUUUAUAAUCUAUUUUUCAGUCUUCAUUAAAUUUCAUUACCUACUAUCCUCAACAACAUCAUCAUCCUUAUUAAUUAGUUAUCUUUUUGCAUUGCUUUAUGAUAAAUUUUUUUAGUGUUUUUUUUUGAGGAUCUUGUUCACACUUCAAGCUAGAUUUGUUUUAUUUUGUUCUUCUCUCUUCAAUUAAUAUCUCUAUCUGUCUCUUUUUUUCCUUCUUCUGUGUACUCCAAUUUGUUUCUCAUGGGUCAGUAUUUUUAUCAUUAGGAUUGUACUUGUAGCAUAUUUGGGGAAGAGUCGUUUUUUUUGGGUUAAGUUGGAAAUUGGAAGUAUUUUAAUAUGAUGAUGAUGAUGAUGGUGUUGAUGGUGAUGGUAGUGAUCUUGAACGUGUUAAAGUUAAAGCCUUUGUGAAUUGUGAUGAGUGAUAUGUUAAGAAUUUACAGAAAUGGAUCAAGUUUAGAAGAAUUUUUAUCUUUUUGAGUAAGAACCAAUUAUUCAUUUUGAAGUGCAAGGGAC